AUGCAGGACAUGUUGUUUCGCUUGAACCAAGAAAACCCGUUCAUGACGGCGAAUGAGCCUGAGGAGGUACUUCUAGGGACUCGAGCAACAAGAACAGUUUUCUCAACUCCAACAGGAGAAGUAGAAGAUGCUCUCCCCUUUCUCUUCACGACAGAGGAUACUCUCAAGGGUGUGGAUGCUAAGAACUUCUCUCCCGUGAAUGCGGACGGGGACGCGGAGACCGAUGACGAAGAGGUGAUCAGUCGUUUUCGUCUUCCGCGGUGUGGUAACUGCGGUGCGGACAUGUUGAGACCUGAUGUCGUGUACUUCGGGGACAAAGUGCCGCAAGCGAAACUGAAACAGUUGAGUCGAUGGAUGGAGGAAGCUGAGGGGCUAGUGACGUUCGGAACUUCUCUUGCUGUGGGGUCAGCGUGGAGAAUCAUUCGUAGAUGUGCAGAGAGGAAGUUGCCAAUCGUGGUAGUGAACCAGGGACCCACGCGACUAGACAGCGAAUUUGCCUCUCCCACAACACCAACGGCGCCUCGAAUUAACAAGACAGAAAGGGACCUUGAAGAUAGUUCUCUCAAACUCAAAAAAAGCAAAAACAUGAACCUAGUCCCUCGUGUGCCGCGCAUGAAUUUAGAGACGUCAGUCUCGCCUACGGUGGAACCUGAAACCCGAAAGGCUGUAAAGCACCGGGUAGACGCUGGGAUCAGCGAAGUUUUGGAUCUCACAGUGAAAAAGCUGGAAAUUGGAAUAUUACGCUGCAACGUGGAAGACAAGCACGAUAUUACGCAAUUAG